GAGGGGGCGUGUACUUCUCCCCGUGGAGAUCUACGUCCGUCCUGAGCUCAGGGAGGGGAGAGGAAGGAGGGGGCGUGUACUUCUCUCUCCCCUUGCUCUGCCCUCCCCCAGCUCUAGCUUCGGAAAUUGUCGGAGAGCUGGGGGAGGAGCCGACGCAAGGAUUCACGGGGGCACAAAAUUCCACCGGACAUAAAGCAAUCAGCUCACAAAGCCUCACAUCCUCCAUUGACCGCUUUUAAGGGGCUUUAACUCGCUCUCGACGCUGAUUGGCUGCAGUGUUGCCGAAGAUGAUUGGUUGACCAAAAGAAAAUCAGUUGGGAUGGGUGGGCGUUAACACUUAACGUCAUGACGCAGAGAGUGGGAGGUACGUAAAGCGCGCAUGUGACAUCAUCCAGGAGACCGCCGCUCGUUGGUGACGUAAAGUAAUCUUCCCCGUGCAAAGCGGCGACCUACCUGUGGCUCCUUCAUCCAUCGUUUUGUGGUUUUGACCUGUCACUCGCAGCAGCUUCGGCACAAUGUACAGGUAUAAGAUAACGCUAAAGGAUCGUCACCAGCUCUACAAGCUGAUCAUCAGCCAGCUGCUGUACGACGGACACAUAAACAUCGCCAAUGGCCUGAUCAGCGAGAUCAAGAUGAACACGCUGUGUGCCCCCUCUGAGCAGCUGCUGCACCUCAUCAAAGUGGGCAUGGAGAACGAUGACAGUGCCGUGCAGUAUGCCAUAGGCCGCUCAGAUACAGUGGCUCCUGGUACAGGAAUCGACCUGGAGUUUGAUGCCGAUGUUCAGACCAUGUCCCCGGAGGCAUCAGAAUACGAGACCUGCUACGUGACCUCCCACAAGGGCCCGUGUCGUGUAGCUACAUACAGCAGGGACGGACAGCUGAUCGCAACUGGUUCUGCCGAUGCUUCCAUAAAGAUCCUUGACACAGAGCGCAUGCUGGCCAAGAGCGCCAUGCCAAUAGAGGUGAUGAUGAAUGAGACUGCACAACAGAAUAUGGAGAACCAUCCUGUCAUCCGCACGCUGUAUGACCAUGUUGAUGAAGUCACAUGUUUGGCAUUCCACCCCACUGAGCAGAUUCUGGCCUCUGGCUCCAAAGACUACACCCUGAAACUCUUCGACUACUCUAAACCAUCCGCCAAGAGAGCAUUCAAGUACAUCCAGGAAGCAGAAAUGCUGCGCUCCAUCUCUUUCCACCCGUCAGGAGACUUCAUCAUAGUGGGCACUCAGCACCCCACGCUGCGCCUCUAUGACGUCAAUACCUUCCAGUGUUUUGUAUCCUGUAAUCCACAAGACCAGCACACAGAUGCCAUCUGCUCGGUCAACUACAACCCGUCUGCCAACACCUACGUUACUUGCAGCAAAGACGGCAGCAUCAAACUGUGGGACGGCGUCUCCAACCGUUGCAUCACCACCUAUGAGAAGGCACAUGACGGGGCCGAAGUCUGCUCUGCAAUCUUCUCCAAAAACUCUAAAUACAUUCUGUCCAACGGCAAGGACUCUGUGGCCAAGCUGUGGGAGAUCUCCACUGGCCGCAUGCUGGUCAAGUACACAGGUGCUGGGCUCAGCGGAAGACAGGUGCACAGGACCCAGGCUGUAUUCAACCACACAGAAGACUAUGUCCUGCUCCCUGACGAACGGACGAUUAGCUUGUGCUGCUGGGACUCCCGAACAGCUGAGCGACGUAACCUUCUGUCCCUUGGACACAACAAUAUUGUCCGCUGCAUUGUCCACUCUCCCACCAACCCUGGAUUUAUGACCUGUAGCGAUGACUUCCGUGCCCGGUUCUGGUACCGAAGGUCAACCACAGACUAAAGAAACCAAUCCCAGAACAAUUGAUGGGAAAAGAACUAAUGCAGGUGUAGUUCCUUAAUGUAGAGAGCAGCGAUGCCUCCAGCUCUCCCCUGCCACAGCUUUAUCUAAGAAAGGAUUUUUUUUCCAUGAAUUUUCUUAACUCUGAUCUCCAGGAUCAUCCAGAAACAAACAAAAUGCACAAGGAGUGUGGGAUACUGGAGAUAUCGUAAUGAACCUCUGUGUACUGAUGAAUUGUAUUGUACACAGAGUUUUCCACCCACCACACUACCAGGCUGGGACGAUGUUACAUGAUCUGUACAAUUGUUUGAUGUUUCAUGAUAUUGCUGUUUAUUUCCUUCCCUCUUUUUUUUUUUUUUUUUCCCCCCCCUCUCUCCUUCCCCUUAAAAUAGAUUCUUCUCAAACCUGUUCAGGGAGCAUUUUGACCUCUUGCGGCCUGGUAAUCCCAGGGUCGAGAACUUUUUUUUCCCCUGUACAGCGUCAUUACUAGCCACUGUGCCAAACAAAUUGCAUUGGGCUGUUACAGGAGCUCUACCCUUUGUUUUUAUACAUUCUAGAACUCUAAGUACCAGUGCAUUAAUGGGCAGAGCAUGACACAGGGAUUUAGAGAACACCAUAGUCAGGCUCCGAUCCCUCUGGCAAUGUUCUAGGCAUUACAUAGGUCAUAGGGAUUACAUAACCUGUGGCUCUUGAGCAGUUGUAAAACUACACCUCCCACCACCACAUAUGUUGUAAAACUACAACUCCCAAUCAUUCCCUGGCAGCUGCAGAGUCCCUGUUUCGGGAACAUUGGCAUAAAAUAUCAAUUUUU